AUGCCACCCUCAUGGUUCAGGUUGCGGCCUGGCCGACCUGAGGACGUCGCAGACAUGUGCGAGUGCUUUUUCGAUGGCUUCUCAAACAACGUCCCCGCCAGAAUCUGCUUUCCACGAACAUCUUCGCAAGCACAGGCAUUCUGGUAUGAUUCUUUAAGCGAAGAGAUCCAGGACCCAAAUGCGCGUUUUCUUGUCGUCGCAGACAUAUCCACGGUGCCAGAGACGGUUAUCGCAUUCGCAAAAUGGAACGCGCCCCUCCCGUCAGACACCGUGUAUCCACCACUACCGGACAACUGGCCUCGGGAUGGCAGUCCCGAGGAAGCCCGGGCUUUCUUUGAGAAGCUUGCGAAGAAGCAUGAAGUGAUCAUGGACAAGCGACCCCAUUGGUACCUUGAGAUCAUUGGCACGAAGAAGGCCUACCAAGGGAAAGGAGCUGGUGGGAUGUUGAUUCGAUGGGGCACUGAAAAGGCGGACAGGGACGGAGUCGAGUGUUACCUAGAUGCAAGUCCAAUGGGUGCGCCGAUAUAUGAGCGCUAUGGCUUCAAAACACUAGAGACGAUAAAUUUCUUCGACGAGAAAUACGGAUAUGAGCAUGCGUUCAUGGUGAGGGAUACGAGAAACGAGGUUUAG